UCCAUCAGUGCAUCCCUGGAUCCCAUUAAUGCAUCCCUGGAUCCAUCAGUGCAUCCCUGGAUCCAUCAGUGCAUCCCUGGAUCCCAUCAGUGCAUCCCUGGAUCCCAUUAAUGCAUCCCUGGAUCCCAUCAGUGAAUCCCUGGAUCCAUCAGUGCAUCCCUGGAUCCCAUCAGUGCAUCCCUGGAUCCCAUUAAUGCAUCCCUGGAUCCCAUCAGUGCAUCCCUGGAUCCCAUUAAUGCAUCCCUGGAUCCCAUUAAUGCAUCCCUGGAUCCCAUCAGUGCAUCCCUGGAUCCAUCAGUGCAUCCCUGGAUCCAUCAGUGCAUCCCUGGAUCCAUCAGUGAAUCCCUGGAUCCAUCAGUGCAUCCCUGGAUCCCAUUAAUGCAUCCCUGGAUCCAUCAGUGCAUCCCUGGAUCCCAUUAAUGCAUCCCUGGAUCCAUCAGUGCAUCCCUGGAUCCCAUUAAUGCAUCCCUGGAUCCAUCAGUGCAUCCCUGGAUUCCAUCAGUGAAUCCCUGGAUCCAUCAGUGCAUCCCUGGAUCCCAUCAGUGCAUCCCUGGAGCCAUCAGUGCAUCCCUGGAUCCCAUUAAUGCAUCCCUGGAUCCAUCAGUGCAUCCCUGGAUCCCAUUAAUGCAUCCCUGGAUCCCAUUAAUGCAUCCCUGGAUCACAUUAAUGCAUCCCUGGAUCCCAUCAGUGCAUCCCUGGAUCCAUCAGUGCAUCCCUGGAUCCAUCAGUGCAUCCCUGGAUCCAUCAGUGCAUCCCUGGAUCCCAUUAAUGCAUCCCUGGAUCCAUCAGUGCAUCCCUGGAUCCAUCAGUGCAUCCCUGGAUCCCAUUAAUGCACCCUGGGACAGGCAGGGACAUUCCAGAGGGGAUGGAUCCAUGGGAUGAAGCUGAGGGGACACUGGGGACACUGGGGACAUCCCGGUGGUGGCAGCAGGAGCCGCUCCGAGCGUGUCCCUGGUUCCUCCUUCCCUCCCCAUGCUCCCAUUCCCGGUGUUUGCUGUAAAUAGGGAAUAUUUAUCAAAAUUUAUUGCAGAGAUUUCUAAACUUGCCCCAAUCCCGUUUUUCCCAGAGCUUUUGGCUUUGCUGGGAUCUCCUGGAGAAGGAGAAUUGCGCCUCCCCAACGGGCUCCGGUGUCGGUACAAAUCAAUCCAGUCCCAAUCCCAGUCCAGAUCCCAAUCCCAUCCAAAUCCCAAUCCCAGUCCAAUCCCAAUCCCAAUCCCAGUCCAAAUCAAUCCAAUCCCAAUCCAAAUCCCAGUCCAAAUCAAUCCAAUCCCAGUCCAAAUCCCAAUCCCAAUCCCAGUCCAAAUCCCAAUCCCAGUCCAAUCCCAAUCCCAGUCCAAAUCAAUCCAGUCCCAAUCCAAAUCCCAAUCCCAAUCCCAGUCCAAAUCCCAAUCCCAGUCCCAGUCCAACCCCAAUCCCAGUCCAAAUCAAUCCCAAUCCCAAUCCCAGUCCAAAUCCCAGUCCCAAUCCCAGUCCAAAUCAAUCCCAAUCCCAAUCCAAAUCAAUCCCAAUCCCAGUCCCAAUCAAUCCCAAUCCUAUUCCCAGUCCCAAUCAAUCCUAAUCCCAGUCCAAAUCAACCCCAAUCCCAAUCCCAGUCCCAAUCCCAGUCCCAGUCCCAAUCAAUCCCAGUCCCAAUCCCAAUCCCAGUCCCAAUCCCAGGCUGGGAAUUCCAGGGUCCCAGGGCUGAGGAUGGAGCGAUUCCUUCCCUCAGUUUUGUCCCGGUUCCGUUUUCCCCGGAGGCUUUUCCCGGCCGGAUCCGUCCCAGGGGGUCCCUGGAGCUCUCGGAGCUCUCGGAUUUUCCCUUUCCCUCGUUUCUGUCUUUGCCUUCCGUGUCUGACCCGGCUGCAGCGGCGCUUGGGGGGGUUUGGGUGGGAAUGUGGAGUUUUCCAGGUGUUCUCCGUGACAUUUUCCAAACCUUUCCUUUAA